CCACACCAGCGAGAUAUGCGCAGGUGCGAGCAGUGUGGGCAUGACGUCACCGCACACGCACGGAGGCGCGCCCUGGGAUGUAAGCCCGCCCGCAGGAGCAGCGACGGCGGGCGCAGGCGCAGUGGGACUCCGAGGGCGCGGCAAAGGCGCAUUGGCUCAGAGCGAUGGGCGGGGAAUCGACGGCGCCGCGAUGGCCGCCUACCGGCGUCGGACCUGUCGGCCUCACGGCCCAGCUCGGAGCCUGGCCUCCUGACGACGCCGGAGGGCGGAGCUCCCCGGCCCGCUGCCGCUGCAGCUGUCAUGUAUCCGCCGCCGUCGCUGCCGCCGCGUCGGGACUUCAUCUCGGUGACGCUGAGCCCCGGCCGGAGCUACGACGGCGGGCAGGGCCUGAGGCGGCGCUCGUUCUGGCGGAAAUGGAAGCAGCUGUCGAGGUUACAGCGGAACGUGGUCCUCUUCCUGCUGGCGUUCCUGAUGCUCUGCGGCCUCCUGUCCUACAUCAGUGUGGCCGACGAGUGGAAAGCCGUGGGCAGCAGGUCGGCGGAAGGGCCGAAGGUGAGACCCGCAAAUGCACCCGUCUUGCCAGCUCCUCGGAGAGCAGCCGAGAACCCGGAAGAAACCUUCGCGGGGGCGUCACCUCAGAAGCCUCCAAGGCAUUUCCGACGGGGACCACCCAACCUGCAGAUUAGAGCCCCCGACGGAGACGCCAAGGGCCAGAGGCAGGAGGAGGCCCAGAGGAGGGCAGAGGCAGCCGGCGCGGCUCGCUGGAAAGACGACGCGCAGGGAAACCGCGCCAGCUGGACGGGCGCAGGGACCGCGCCGGAGCAGGGCACCCAGCUCCCUCCGAGAAAGGCGGAGGCCCCGCCCAGGCCUUCCCCGCAGGCCCUCCGGCCAAGGAGCAGGCCAGCCCCGCAGAACGAGCGCCAGAAGGCCGUGGUCGCCGCGUUCCGCCACGCGUGGGCCGGAUACCGCAAGUUCGCCUGGGGCCACGACGAGCUGAAGCCCGUGUCCAAGUCCUUCAGCGAGUGGUUCGGCCUCGGCCUCACGCUGAUCGACGCCCUGGACACCAUGUGGAUUUUGGGUCUGAAGAAAGAAUUUGAAGAAGCCAGGAGGUGGGUGUCCCAGAAGUUAUUGUUUCAGAAAAACGUGGACGUCAACCUGUUUGAGAGCACCAUCCGGAUCCUGGGGGGUCUUCUGAGCGCCUUCCACUUGUCCGGGGAUGUCCUCUUUCUGAAAAAGGCUGAGGAUUUUGGAAAUCGGUUAAUGCCUGCGUUCCAAACACCCUCUAAGAUUCCGUAUUCCGACGUAAACAUCGGCACUGGAGUUGCCCACCCACCGCGUUGGACCUCUGACAGCACGGUGGCCGAGGUGACAAGCAUUCAGCUGGAGUUCCGAGAGCUCUCUCGUCUCACGGGAGUUAAGAAAUUUCAGGCGGCCGCGGAGGAAGUGGCCCGGCGCGUGCACUCGCUGCGCGGGAAGAAGGACGGGCUGGUACCUAUGUUCAUCAACACCGAGAGCGGGCUUUUCACGCACCUGGGCGUGUUCACCCUGGGCGCCAGGGCCGACAGCUACUACGAGUACCUGCUGAAGCAGUGGAUCCAGGCUGGGAAGAAGGAGACACAGCUGCUGGAAGACUACCUUGAAGCCGUGGAGGGAAUCAAAAAGCACCUGCUGCACAGAUCUGAGCCCGGCAAGCUGACGUUCGUGGGGGAACUCGCCCACGGCCGCUUCAGCGCCAAGAUGGACCACUUGGUGUGCUUCCUGCCAGGGACGCUAGCUCUGGGCGCCCACCACGGCCUGCCUGCCGACCACAUGGAGCUGGCCCGGGCACUCAUGGACACCUGCUACCAGAUGAACCGUCAGAUGGAGACGGGGCUGAGCCCCGAAAUCGUGCACUUCAACCUGCACCCCGAGAGGUCCCGUAAGGACGUGCAGGUCAAGGCGGCCGACAGACACAACCUGCUGCGGCCCGAGACGGUGGAGAGCCUGUUCUACCUGUACCGCCUCACGGGCGACCGCAAGUACCAGGACUGGGGCUGGGAGAUCCUGCGCAGCUUCAACAUGUACACGAGGGUCCCCUCGGGCGGCUACUCUUCCAUCAGCAACGUCCAGGACCCCCGCAAUCCCCAGCCCAGGGACAAGAUGGAGAGCUUCUUUCUGGGGGAGACGCUCAAGUACCUGUAUCUGCUCUUCUCCGACGACCCAGACCUGCUCAGCCUGGACACUUACGUGUUCAACACGGAGGCUCACCCCCUGCCCAUCUGGGCCGCCUCCUAGCGCGGGGCGGCUCCCGAGCGGGUGCUGCCCGGGGACUGACGAGUCCUGUCGUGGAGGGUGCCUGUCGGCAAGGCCCUGGCCCUGGCCUGGGCUGUGUGGUGUCCUCCCAGCCGGCUGGACGUGCUCCAGGCCGGGCUGAUGACAGAGGCCAGCGGCAACUGGGCCAAGACGUUUCGGGGCCUCAUAGCUGCUUGGGGUGGCCACUGGGCUUCUGGUGCUCUGCCACGGGUUCUGGGCUCCUUGCCUGGCUCACGUCGG